UCCCUGUGUGUGUGUUGUCUGCAUUGAGCGAGGGGUCGGGGAUGUGCGGCCUGACCCUAAAACAAUCGUUUAGCUGGGGCGAAGUAAGGACAGGCCAAAAGGGAGCUACUUUGAAUACGGGCAACGUAUCUUGCUCUUACCACAACACGCCCGUAUCCUAACACGUUUCAUUCAACAACUACACACUCAGCCGUAUCUGUGUUUGUUUAUUUUUUUUUAUAAGGCACUGCAGAUAAGCCAUAUUUUUACUGAGGAGAUCCCACAGCUUCAGAUGAUGGCUACUGUACAGCCAUCUAAUAACUCUGAACUUCAGCUGUACAGAGUUCUACAAAGAGCCAACCUCUUGCAGUAUUUUGAGACAUUCAUCACUCAAGGAGGUGAUGAUGUUCAACAACUCUGUGAGGCUGGUGAAGAUGAAUUUUUGGAGAUUAUGGCCCUUGUUGGCAUGGCAAGCAAACCUCUUCAUGUGAGAAGGUUACAAAAAGCAUUACAAGAAUGGGUGGCAAAUCCAGCAGCUUUUGAAGUUUUGAAGAAAUAUCCCACACAUGUCAUGAGCAUGGGCAACGCCACCGCCCAGGCUUUGAGCUCUCCAAACUCAAUGGACCAUGCCAACAAUCACCAGGAUUAUAAGAUUACGUCACCACAGUCGUCUACCAUCUCCACAUCUACACCAUGGACCUCUCAUGGCAGCUCAAGAGCUCUGAGCCCAACCAAUGGAAACAGUUUGGAGCGCCCGAGCCCACCUGAUUCACCACAAGAUAUUGUCAAGGAUGUGUUGUAUAUGCCUGACGACCAGUUUCCUGGAAUGCUGGGACUGACCCAACCAGCUCUUCUAGACCAUCAGAUUGCAGCCAUAGCCACUGCUGCUACCUUGUUGGCUCAGAAUUUGCCUCCCUUUGAACCAAAGUCAAUGCCAAAGAAGCAGAUCAGUAAAGAAAUUAGUUAUGUGAUGACAAUGACAGCAGAUGAUCCAAACAGAAUGGCUGCCCUUAGGAAAUAUGCUGCCAUCUAUGGAAGAUUUGAUUCUAAAAGGAAAAAUGACAGACCAAUGUCUCUACAUGAGAUUUCUGUGAAUGAGGCGGCUGCUCAGCUUUGUAGUCAUUUCCCAGCAUUACUGACAAGAAGAGAAGAGUUGUUUCCACUUGCCAGACAAGUUGUUAGAGAUAGCGGCUACCAGUAUUCAAAAGGUCAUUCCAGGAUAUUUGGUGAUCUGAGGGUGGGGGGAAAUUGUCUUUCUGGAAUGAGUAUGAACAUGGCCGGUGAAGAUGAAACCAUUGACCCUAAAAGAGCAAACAGAUCUGACCCUUGGUUUAAAAAAGAGAAUGAAAAAGCUGCUGAAGUCUUAGUCCAACCCAAAAUAGAACAGUCUGAAGCUAUCCCAUCAACCUCUUCACUUCCCUUGCCAUCACCACUGCAAGACGUCUGCAGCUCAGACUCAUUUAAUGACCUGCAGAAUGAGCUCACUCAGAUUACACUAGACUUGUCAGAAAUGGCUAAAGAACAAGAUCGCAUCCGCAGUGCUUUACGGGUCCUUUUAGAGGCCAAUGAUCAUGAUCAGAUGAAAUCCUUGACUUCUGAGAUGGAUGAUAUAAAUGAUCGCCAAACUGCUUUGAUUAAGAAAAGGCAAAAGAUCGUAAACUCCAUAGGAAAGUAUAGAAAAGGUGUAGCCAAGUACUCAGCAACUCUAACAGCUGGUUCCCCAAUGGAUAUAACAAAACAUCCAUUUUCCUACGGAAGUGAUCUGAUGAAGGCAAACAAGUCCCUGAAAAGUGUGAACUACGUUGAGGAUGGAGUUCUCACCAAUCCUCUUAACACCUUAUACAUGGCUGCGAUACAGAAUCAUAAGGAUUCUCUGUUUGAGGAAGGUUUGCGAAUUGCCACGCAGUACGGGAUGUCGGACUUUGCCCAGGAACUCAUCGGAAUGAAAUCCAAAGACAAAGGUGACAGCAGCAAAGACCUGUCAAUCCCAUCUCUGGCAUAUCACUCUUCUGAUUCUUCAUCGUAUGCAUCAGAUAAAGAAACUGUCCUUGGGUCAUCUCUUUAUGAGCACUAUAUUAGUGGAAAUAAAGAAGCAGCCAAGGCUAAGCCAAGUUCUAAAAGUCAUUCCCCUAUUGUCAAAAACGUGCCUUUAUUCCAUCCGGAGUAUGUGGGCGCUAUUGCCAGUGAUCCAGUGUUACAUAAUGCUGUGCUUCCUGUGGCUGGGGAGAAAAAUAACAAUUCUGUUGAUUCCACUGCAUUGAAUGUAGACAGUACAUUUGCCCAAGGCAGCACGACGACCACAACAACCAUCACAACAAAAACAGGACAGGUCAUUGAGGUUGAAACACGCCGAUCUAGUCGAAGGAAAAAUGGAGAGCCAGACUAUUAUUUAAUUAAUGGCGGCGAGAAAAGAUUUAGGUCUGGCCAUGCAAAAAGAAGUAGCAGCACUUCAAGUGAGCGCAGCCGAAAGUUAUCUUCCUCUUCCUCAUCGUCAACACCAAACCCAGGAACACCCACAAUGCAGUCUCCAGGCAAACAACUCAAAUUAGAAAACCCUGCAAACGGGGAGGAUAUUCAGCGUCGAGAAGUCCUGGACCACCUUAAACCUAAUUUAGAUCCCGAGCCAACUUGUGAUGAUAAUGAUCAAAAUGAGGCCUCUGCCAAUUUGGAUAAAAGAAAAUAACUAAUUUUAGAUAUUUAAAUUUAUUUCUAUUUAUUAUUUAUAUAAUUUACUUGGAAUCAGCUCAUGAAUUUGAUAUAUGAAUUCCUUGGAUGACUUAAAGUUGGCAUCCUUGCACAAUGUGAUUUUUUAAAAACUCUUCUAUAUGAAAACAAGACUUGGCUAACUUGAAUGUUUAAUGUGACUUGUGUUAUGAACUGGAUCCGACACAACUAAGUCAUAGGUGGCCUCCUAAUAUUUUAUUCAAACACAAAAUUGUUUAUUGUUUCCUUUGUUUUUAGUACUACUUUUAUUACCCUACCCAUUGUUUGUAACAUUAGUUGACUUAAUGUUUAUGACAUAAUUAUUUCUUGAUUCUGUUGCAUUUCAAACAUGUUUUUAGUUUUAUUUGUUAAAUGGCAGAUAUUGGGCAGCCAUCAUUCUCCAAAGUUCACUAUGUGAUACAGUCCUCCGAGAAUAAAUCCGGUCAACCCCACUUGCAUGUUAACUAAGCUAAAAACUGAAUGAUUAGAGAUGCUUGUAUAAGAGUAUCAUCAACAUCUUUGCCUGUGGUUCUGUCUGAGGCAUAGGUCACCAAGCAGCUUCCUCUAGACCAGGGGUUCUCAACCUGUUGGUCGUGACCCCAUUAGGGGUCGAUUGACGAUUUGCCAGGGGUCGCCUAAGACCAUCGAAAAUUUGGAUUGUUUUUGUCUAUUCUUCUAUUGCUGUGUGGAUGGGGGUCGCCGCAGAGUGGGGAUUGUAAAAAGGGGUCACCGAGGUUAAAAGGUUGAGAACCGCUGCUCUAGAGAUCUCAGUUCUGGGUCUGUCCCCAUGUCUUUCUCAUCUUCUUGGUGUGUGCUUCUUCAUAUUUCUGACCAGCUCUUCCUCCUUUCCUUGAAGUUCCUGGGGAAGGUUUGUCUUGUGAUGUAGGUUUGCAAAGGGUGUGGCUUAUCCAAUGGACUGCUGCUUUGUCUUUUGCCAGUUUCUAGCACAUCAUAAGGAUCUUCCUUAGACAGAUGUUGAUGAAUACCAGAAUUUUUUUUUCCAUGUUGAUGACAUUAGUUCUCUAGGGCUCUGCUCUAUAAAGUAGUACUUUAAAAUAUCCGUAAUUUUUUUUUAGGAAACUGUGAAGUGGAUUUUAUUUUAAUUUAAAUCACUAUUGUGUAAAACAAGAAAUUGUGAGCUUGUUUCAGUUUUUCUGUUAAGCUAAAACAAUGUGGCAAUGAAUGUAAUAUGUAAGUAAUGGCACUGUGGCUUCCAUUCUGUAUAGGCUGGGUCAGCCUUCUAACAAUGGAAGUGUCUGGUGACACAUUAUAGUAUGACUUAAUGGUAACACAUUUUCAAUGUCUUAGAUUUGAGAUCUUUUCUAGAAUAAGUCACUAUUUGUUUGAAAAGUAACAUAUUGCAAGUGGCCUUUUGACUGCAGGAAACUUUUUUAUUAUUUCCAACAUUAAAACAGGGGAGAUUUCAUUUUUUGAUAACAUAAUUCAAAUUAUAAAAUUUAAGAGAUUUUUGACAUAAUUUAUUUGCAUUUCAUCAGCUACUAAAUGCCACAAAGGAUAUUGAAAUUAAUGCCUCGAUCAGUAUGAGUUUAGAACCAAUGUACUGAGCUCCAUUAAGCCGAAAUAUGUAGAGCUAAUUAUGUAAUAUGUUGUCACUUUCUAGCUGAUAUUGACUAUUUUUUUUCAAAGGCAGAGUCUUUGAUCCAUGUGACAUUAGUGUAACAGCUUAUAAUGACUGGCCCGGCCUUGAAUAAUUUGAGGCCCUAAGCAAAGUGAAUUUGGUAGCCCUAAUUAAAAUAAAAAAUAAAUAAAAAAAAAUUAAAAAAAAAGAACUAAAAUUAUGCAAUUGUGUACUCCAACAAUAAACAAUAAAAUUGAGGACAAGUUUCGCUAUUUAUUCCAGUGCAAGCCCUAAUCAGGCGGCUUCCCUCUUAUUUUGCCUAAGGCUGGCCCUGAUAAUGAUAUUAGACAAGUUGUGACAGUCUAUUGAUAUGAUGCGACAUUUUAAUGGCAUGCUAUUUUGUAGUCAUAAUAUGAUAUAUUUAUAUAUAAAGUACGCAAUGUCUCUUUAUAGUUACAAGUAUGCUUAUGACUUAGAAUGGGAGUGUACUCUGUAUCAAAGAAGCUCUUCACUUUUCUAUAUUGUAUACUUCCUCCCUUUGUUGCUCUAUUUUAUUUAUUAUUGUAGCGUGAUGAAAUAUUUAUGUUCUGUUUAGUUUCUGAUGAAAAUUUUUUUUUAAAUGUUAUUGUUUGAAAAUUUUGUUGAUGUUUAUGGAUGAAGUCAUUCAUGCUUUGGUGAUCCAUUUAACUAAUCCAAAAAUGUCAUAGUUAUCUCAAUAUAUAAUAACAUUGGUAGAUUAGAAUGUGAAUAUUUGCAAUUAUCUCCCUUUCAUCAAAUCUUUUUAGGUUCUAAUUUUGGUUCCCUAAAUUUAGAUAAAUAAAAUCCAAAACAGAAUGGUCGAAAAUUUUUGUUUCAAAUAAUCCCCAGGAUAAAAAAAUCACAUUGCUCAUUAUUUUAGAAUAGGCUUUUACUAUGGUAUCUAUAAAUUAGAUUCUCACUCAAAAAAAUCAUAUAAUCCUAUAGUUAAAAUCCUGUUAGGUGACAAAGCAAUACAACAGCUGAAAAUUCAUUGAAUCAGAUCUCAUUUUUGUUUUUAGCUGAGAACUAAACAAGCUUUAAUUCUCUAUUAAAAACAAAAUCAACAAUGACUACAUACCAUCAACAAACAAUUAUUGUUAAAACUUAUGAUGGAACAUGCUUUGUUAGGUCUAGAAACCAACUUCAAUGAACUUAUUAGCUGAUGUUAUUGUUUGAGUUGUUACAUCAAUAAAAUACCUUCAAAAUUCAUAUUUCAUAAGGCGAAAUUUGAUUCGAAAAUAGAUUUGGUACUUUAUUGUCUUCCCAGUUUUCAUGACUUAAUAUUAAAGUUCCCUUUUCAGACCUUGCAGUCUAUAGGGCAGGGGAUGUAAAGGUCAUCUGUUUCUGUGACCCACGGUUAUCAAGAGUGUCACCUGGACACCACAAUGACCAGCCACCUUCACUUUUCCCCAACUAAUGUCAGGUACCCAUUAGAGCUGAUUGUACAUAGAGGCACCCUAAAGAUCCUGGAAUAAAAAUCCCAGUCUGUACCAGGAUUUGAACCCAGGACAAGCCAAGCACUUUACUACUCAGCCAACUAUUAUUCUUUUAAAUCAUUGUUUAAAAUUUGUUUUAAAAAUGUGACUCUCUUCUAUCAUUUAUUUAACUUUUGAUUUGAAUAAUUUGUAUAUUAGUUUUACAAUCAAAUAAAUAUUUCAUAUUGUUUUAACCAAGA